GGAAACCCCAAACUCUCACCCAAUAACUUAUAAAUUCCUCCUUCAUCUCCAAUACACAAUUCAAUUAAAAUUCUCAGCUUCUUCCAAAAUUCAGCAAACUAUUCAACAAGAGAAGAAGAUCGAUGGCGAAAGAGGAAGUAUUCAUUGGUUCGAUCGAUCAAGGAACAACAAGCACCAGAUUCAUCAUCUACGAUAAACAUGCUCAAGCCAUUGGAUCUCAUCAAGUCGAGUUCACUCAGUUCUGCCCACAAGCAGGAUGGGUCGAGCAUGAUCCGAUGGAGAUUCUUGAAAGUGUGAAGACGUGCGUAACGAAGGCCGUUGAUAAAGCUACGGCUGAUGGGUUUAAUGUCGAUAAUGGUCUUAAAGCCAUUGGUAUUACUAAUCAGAGGGAAACUACUGUUGUUUGGAGCAAGUCUACUGGGGUUGCACUUUAUAACGCCAUUGUUUGGAUGGAUAAUCGAACAACAUCCAUUUGCAGGAGAUUGGAGAAAGAAUUAUCAGGGGGAAAAUCCCACUUUGUGGAAUCAUGUGGUUUGCCAAUAAGCACAUAUUUUAGUGCACUGAAGCUCUUAUGGCUGCUGGAAAAUGUGGAUGCAGUGAAAGCAGCAGUUGAGAAAGGUGAUGCACUUUUUGGAACCAUUGAUUCCUGGUUAAUCUGGAAUUUAACUGGAGGCAUUGAUAAUGGCAUACAUGUCACUGAUGUCUCUAAUGCAUCAAGAACCAUGCUCAUGAAUCUGAAAACACUUGAUUGGGAUGAAUCGACUUUGAAAACAUUAAAGAUCCCUAAAGCCAUUCUACCAAAAAUUGUAAGCAAUGCCGAGGUAAUCGGUCACAUAGGAAAGGAAUGGCUGACUCCGGGAAUCCCUAUUUCCGGUUGUUUAGGCGAUCAACAUGCUGCAAUGUUAGGUCAAUCUUGUAGGAAAGGAGAGGCAAAAAGCACUUAUGGGACAGGUGCUUUUAUACUUCUUAACACAGGUGAAGAAGUGAUUCCAUCAAAACAUGGUUUGUUAACCACUUUAGCUUUCAAACUCGGGAAAGAUGCCCCUGCAAACUAUGCUCUAGAGGGCUCAAUUGCAAUUGCUGGAGCAGCUGUUCAAUGGCUGAGGGACAGUCUUGGAAUUAUACGUUCCGCUAGUGAAAUCGAGGAGUUGGCUUCACAGGUUGAGUCAACCGGUGGGGUCUACUUUGUUCCAGCUUUCAAUGGGCUUUUUGCACCAUGGUGGCGUGAUGAUGCACGUGGUGUUUGUAUUGGGAUCACAAGGUUUACAAACAAGUCUCAUAUUGCUAGAGCUGUUCUUGAAAGUAUGUGUUUUCAGGUGAAAGAUGUGUUGGAUUCAAUGCAUAAAGAUGCUGGUGAGAAAGGUGAAACGAAAAAUGAAAAGGGACAGUUUUUACUUAGGGUAGAUGGAGGGGCUACUGUGAAUAAUACCCUUAUGCAGAUUCAGGCGGAUUUAUUGGGUAGCCCAGUGGUGAGACCAGCAGAUAUAGAGACAACAGCACUUGGUGCAGCGUAUGCAGCUGGUUUAGCAGUUGGAGUUUGGACAGAAGAAGAGAUAUUUGCAAAUGGGGAGAGAAUGAAGAAAGAUACCACUUUCAAUCCUGUGUUAAAUGAGGAGUUAAGGAAGAAGAAGGUGGCCUCAUGGUGCAAAGCAGUUGAAAGGACGUUUGAUUUGGCUGAUUUGUCCCUAUAAAUUAUGAAUUUCCUUUUCUUUAAAAUCCACUUUCUUUUAUUAUCUUGUUGGUUCUGUUGUUGGCAAUGCGUAGUAGGUUUUUGUUGGUUUUUAAUUGUUCAAAGUUAUGGAUAUGUAUCUUAUGUAUUGUUCGAGUCAAGGAAAUAAAACCAAGUUAAAGUUAUUAGCA